AGGAGGCCGAGGGGGCUGAAAUUUUCACUCAGCAUAUCAAGCGACUUGGAGCCGAAAGGACUGACUCCGUGCUGGUGACACUAAAGCCCGCGACACCUUUGAGGGAACCGGGACAUUUUCCCUUUAAUGGGACGAGGCUGCCACGUUCAAGGUACUGAGUUUUGCUGAUGAAAAGAAAAGAGAUGCUUUGCUUACGUGACUCAGGUGACUGCCUACGAGAGCAGAUGCAGUAUAUGAUGAGGUCACUGCAAGAUUUAAAACAACUGCGGAAAAUCUGCCCUGCAACCCGACGCCCCCUCGCUCCCAUCAGUGCUCAACUCCCAGCCUUAGCCCACCACUCGGCAGUGGCUCGCGCUUGUCAGCAGCGAGCUUUGCAACGAGAGCAGCGUGCAUGUCUGCGGAUGUCUGAUGCUAGCACGGCCAGUACCUACGACUCUGCCUGCUGCCUGGCUAGUCCUCUGGAGGAGGAUGAGGAUGACUCGAGCAGCCGGUUGGGGUUCAGACUGGGCUCCCCCUGUAGUCACAAGAGUCUGGAGUUUGAUUCAGGCUACUCCGAGGCCUCAUGGCAGGAUGAUGGAGUAUUUCUGAGGAGGACGAGGAAUGUCCGGGUGUCAUCUUCAGCAUGCAUGCGCACACAAAGAUUACCAAGUGGACGUAUUCGCCCCAAAUCCACCUCUGACGCUUGUCUAGAGACGUGGACAUCAUUUGAGGUCAGUGACCCAGGGGACUGGACAAACUCUUUAUUGACCAGAGGGCGCAACCGCCAACCUCUAGUCUUGGGUGACAACAGCUUUGCAGAUCUCAUACAGAACUGGAUGGACUUGCCAGAAUGUCCCGAGCCUACUGAUCUGAAGUCAAAUUCAAGACCUAGGCUGGGAAAAGGCUUCUUUGUCAACAUGAGGAGGAAACUAGCUGGACUGUCUAAGAGUGUGGAGGACAAAGUGAGGAUGAGAUCCACUGAGUCUUCCCAGGUUAACAGAACUGACAAUGCUCCGAAACGUCUGUCCUGUCCGGUUGUGGCAGCACAGCCUAAAGUCCCAUUUUUACACCAGUCACACUCCUGCAUUAAUGAGCUAAAUGCGGACUUCUACCAAUUUGCAGCUGUCAUGAAGUCAGGCAGCCGGCAGCCCAUAAUCUGCAAAGAUAUUAUCAGCUACAUCUGACAUUCAUUCACUUGAAGCCCUUUACAGACUGAACAAUCUUCAGAGUCACUUUAUUUUUUUAUGACUGUCUCCCACCUUUUAAUAUUCUGAAAAU